UAAUUGAAAUUAUUAUGGAAACUCCCGCAAUUUGGGACUUUGCCCAGAUGAAGACAACUCUUCAAUCGUCAAGAUUAACCAAAGAGUUUCUGACCAAUCUGCCGUUAGCUUCUGUUAUUCUGUCUUACUAUGGAUAUGCAGAUGAAUGCAGGGGGCUUAUGACUCAGCUAAGAAGUGGUUCCAGAAGUCUUUGGAACCUAAACAGACAUAUUUUGCUGAGGAACUACCCUGGUGAAGAAGAUGAGGUCAGACUUAUACUGAAGAAGAAGUCUUUACAAAUUUUAGUUGCAUUGCAUUGGAAGUUUCGAAUAAACAAAGAACAUGUCUUGGACACUAGACGAUUCAUGAUGAGUGAGUUUUCUAAGUUGUAUCAACUUGAAUUAAAAGUCUUUGAAUUUCAAUUAGUUGAUCAGAUGCUUCUAGAUAUCAUCUUUAAAGGAACUGACAUGAAAACAGUUACCAUCAAAAGUGUCAGCUUUGUUUGAAACUAUUAUAUUUUGUGAAAUGAUGAUUUUAGAAGAUAUGAUCCCACCUUAAUUUUCAAUAAUAUGAAGAAAUUAGCAAAAGUGCUUCAUAAUGAAUUUGAAGUCUAUGAACUCGAAGACUGAAAAUAUUUUAUCCCUCCUAAAAUAUUUGAGGUAAGAGAAAACUGUCUGGCUUUCAAAACUUGAGGUUCAGAGGGAAUCACUUUUUGGAAAAGUUAUCCAGUCUGAGGAAAUGAGGAUAAUGAAAUGCUGGAAGAACAAAGAUCAUUUUGAAAAAUUAUAACACAAAUUAUGAAGAACCUUAAGACAACAUCAGUUGAACAAGUAUUCCAAAACAUUCUUUCUUCUGUUUUAGAGAUCGAAGUAUCCUACAAUGGAAUUUUGAAUAAAUCUAUUGCUCUAAUAGAACUUUCAAAGAAACUAAAGAUCUGGUCUAAAUACCUUCAAGCCAGAAAUUGUAGGCUCAAGACAGUAAGGCUCUUUCUUUCUUUUUGACGAUAUUAUGGACCAAGAGAGGAAAGUGACUCAUUGUUUGAGCCCCUAGUUCCAUUUGCUCAGAGCUGCAUACAAAGUGGCCUUAGCUUACAGCUUAAGGAAAAGUAUUAUUCCAAUUCGGAGCCCCAGAUACAGACAAAUCUUGCAUAUUGGGUUUUAGAAGAUAAGGCCUUGGUCAUAAAGAAGUUUGAGGGCAGUUUUGAGAAUUAUUUUACACAUAAAUGUUGGGCCUACAAAGAAUGCUUAGUGCUUCAUAAGAAUUCAGUCAGAAUUAAUAUCGACAUUAUUGAUGUUAUACUUCUUGAUGAUGUUGGUGUUAAUAAACAAAUCCUUAAGAAUAACAAAAUUAUUAUUCCCAUGAAGAAUAUUUUGAGUUUUCAUAAAGAUAUAAGUCAACUUACACUUAAAAACAUCCCCUUACUUCCAGUGAAAUCUUUGACAGUUUCGAUCUCAUUGGACAAAGCGACUAAAAGGAUAUUGAAUCGAAUCAAAAUUCUUCACAAAGACACAAAAAUUAAAUUAGAGGCUUCACGCUACUAUGAAGUCAGUAGGGACCAAGACGGUGAAAAUUUGACCAAGUUCUUUGACACUUAUGACUCCAAAAAUUUGGUCUCUCUGAAAAUUCAUGGGGAUUUAGACGCUACCAAUGAGCUUAACCAGUUUGUUGAGUUCAUACAAAGCAAGAAAAAUCUCAAAUCGCUAGAAUUCAGUAUUUCAAGAAAUUGGGGAACACAAAGUUAUAGUAAUACAAUAAAGAACUUGUUCAGUACUUUGAGGAGUCUCCCAAACUUAAAAUUUGUGAGUAUUUCAGCUUCCGACCCAUCCACUUCUAUCAGUAAUUACUUUCAUGAGAUGUCUAAGAGAUUUAUAAGCCAAAGAUUAGAGACAAAAAUUGAAAUCACGAUUGGAUCAAAGGAAUAUCUUGAUAGAUGUUCAAGAUUGACUAAGAAGUUCUCCCACCUUCCUUCAUAA